CGAGUUCGGUACGGAACGGAACGGAAGGUGGUAUAUUCAUUAUUCAACACAUGUUUUCUGCUUUUCUAUGGAUCCGGAAGCUUGGCCUGCACAUAGUCCAACGAGAUGGGACGCCGUAAUCUUGAUAACCGGUCAGAUCCCAACUAGUUCGUUAUGCUUUCGUACUCGGCAGAUAUUCAUGAGAUGAAAACGUACUGGCCAUAUAUAUAUCAUCUCAGAUUUCCUCAGCUCUAUUUUUUCCGGAAACUAAGAAUUAGAGAAGAAAUUAUGGCUUUCUUAGCAACGGCUGAAGUUUGUGAUUCUAAUAUAGCUUAUCUUGCGAGUGGUGAGUUGCGGGUACUACAACCUGUUUUUCAGAUAUAUGGGCAAUGCCGUGCAUUUUCUGGCCCCAUUGUUACUCUUAAGGUGUUUGAGGACAAUGUGUUAGUGCGGGAGAUUCUUGAAACCAGUGGUGAAGGCAGAGUCUUGGUGAUAGAUGGUGGUGGAAGCUUGAGAUGUGCCUUGGUAGGAGGUAACUUGGUGCAGCUAGCUCAGAAUAUGGGCUGGGCUGGCAUUGUAGUAAACGGUUGCAUAAGAGAUGUAGAUGAGAUCAAUGGGUGUGACAUUGGGGUCCGAGCAUUGGCAUCAAACCCUCUGAAACCCAACAAGAAGGGCAUUGGUGAGAAAUAUGUACCUGUUUAUGUUUCUGGAACGUUAAUUCGUGAUGGGGAAUGGUUGUAUGCUGACAGUGAUGGGAUUCUCAUCUCUAAAACUGAGCUCUUCAUCUGAUUGAGGUGGCAUAGCCAUGCUUUCAUUGGCCCAUCUCACCUUAUGCCAUUUAACUCAGAUUGUGUUGAAGUUCUUGCAAUGCUUUCUUUGAACUAUUAUGCUUGGUUCAUUUGCAUAGACUUUGGUUUUCGUCCUUUUUUCUUCUGUGCAUAAGGAGUAUAUGCAUUGAUUGUAUACAACAUUGCUGCCUGGCUGUUUACGCAUGCUUAAUUUACACUCAGAAGUCCAAAUACUGAUUUUGAAGCAAC